AUGCAAGUCUCCGCCGGUUGCUACAGCGACGGUGGCCAGGUCGGAGAUAAGGACAUGGCCGCUUCGAAGAUCAACGACAUCUGUACGAAUCACUUGACAGGUGCCUACGAUGCUGGCGCGUCGCGUCAUGCGUGUCUACCCGAUGGUAAGAAUCGAUGGGACUUUACAGUCAAGAGUAUUGGCAAGGCGAAACAAAACCUCCCUUUGUCAGAAUGUAUCAGUGGGCUCAUCAAGGAGACAUCUGGCUGCGCAUCUGGUGGCAGUUCCAGCUAUACGGACUGGGCGUAUACAGCUGACCCGAACGCCGGUGCUUGCAAAUCCGAUGACGUUUCUGUCCAACCAGCUCCUGAUCGAAGAGGACGCCUAACUUGGAACAUGCAUGAUCGAGCCCUCGUCAGAUCAGGCUUCACAGUACCAAAGGAAACUUACGAUCGAGCCAAACAAGGCUAUUGCCAAAUGGUGCAAGAUGGCGCAGAUGCUCUCACGUCGGUCGCAAGAUACAUUGAGCGGGGCAGAUGCCAAUCCGAAGCCUGCAUCUUGGUCUUAGAGAUAACGUUCCAGGUAGGAGGAGAGUUCGUUCAUGACAGAAUCCCGACGUGGUGCAGCGCUGUGUUCGACGAUCUAUACGGUACCUUCCAAGGCAACGGCGGAACGGCCGAUAUCGACAUCGGAGCCGAAACUGGCAUGGUGUCUGUCACCGUCGGUGCGGAGGACAGAGGUGAAAAAUGUCACACCUCUGCAGCAUCUAACGAGAUGUGCGGAAGUGGCUCGACUUAG